ACCAGUAACCAGCUGGCUAUCGCUACUACUUCAUCUUGUCCACAAUGUGGGCAAGAAGAUAAAGACAACAUGGAUGGUUAAAUACAGACAAAGAGACCCUUCUCGAGUCCUUAGCAACAACACAUUUUAGAGCCCUUGUCUCUAACUUUAAUCCAGUCUAACAAGGUAAUAACAUAAAUAGAACACCGGCAUGGCCGCCACUACAUGAUCAUGAAAAGCUUGCAGUAUAUGAUCAUGUUAUGAGAAAUAUUUUCUGUAUCCUAAAACACCAUAGUAAGCUUCCAGGCAGGUGUGGCCACAUGUUGGUGCUUGACUAUACAAAAAACAAAAGUAGCAAUUCAGCUUUGGUGGUUUGAGCCACAAAUCCCGCCUGUUUGGUAGCCUCCCUCAACUGGCAUGCUGGGUCUGAACUUGCCUUGUCUUUGACAUAUGCCAAAUUUCCCCUCAUUUAAGGAUAUUGCAUCCUAACUAUCAUGCAUCCACCACCAUGAAUAAGAUUCACCAUGUCCAGAUUUUUCAUUCUUGUGGCUCUCAUAAGUUCCUGCAAUCUAACUCAAAUUUCUCUACAAAAUCCACCUCUCAUCUCCUUUUUUCCCCCAAACCGCACAUGGCCUUGCAGCCCUAAAUAACAGAACUGAAAAAAUUAAAAUUCAAUGCUUUGUCUGCAAUUGAAUGUAUCAGUAGACAGCUAACAUGCUCAUUUCUCUCACACACAAAUAUUGAUCAACAUUUUGUUUCAUGAAUGUGUGACGUGUAAGAAAGUAAAUAUUCUACUCAACCAUCAAAUUAAAAUUACCCCCUUUUUCAAGUUUGGAAAAUAUUAUUGUUUUCCUUCUUUUUGGUGCCACAUAUGCGCAGUGGCUUCUCACAAGUACACAUUACAGACAGAAACCUCGUAGAAUCCACAAUUUUAAAGUAUGCACUUUUUCUUGUUUGACUCAACAUAUGGUCGGUAGAAUGAUUCCUCUUCCUGGUCACGACUACUGCAUGAGAAACAGCUACUAACAAUUUCAUAGUAAAUAAUAAGAAAUGGUAAUCUGCUUCUUUUUAAGAUCCAUUUAGUUGUUAUUCGUCCGAUAAAAUUUGCAAAUCCAAACCUAUAUUUUCGAGUUAUCUUCAUCCGAGGUCCGACAUUAGGCAUCUAUAUUUCAAUCUCCGAUGUAGUUUCUCUCAUACAACAUCAAAGCACAUAGUGUAUACUAAAUACUCUCAUUUCAACUAUAUAAACAGACACUCACUUACACUUAUUCCACUCCCCACAUUGUUUCAACUUUUGCUCAAAUUGCUACUUUAACCAAAAUGGCAGACCAGAAGAAGAUCCCACACGCCCCCACUGGAGUUUCUCCGGUGGAGACCCAAGACCACGGUUGUUUCGAUUUUCUGACAAACAAGGGAGAGAAGAAGACUGAAGAUGUUGUAAUGACAGAUCCCAAAGAGGAGAAGCACACGCUCAUGGAUGAGCUUCGACGCACUCACAGCCAAUCCAGCUGCUCUAGUGAUGAAGAAGGCGGAGAGAGGAAGAAGAAAAAGGGGUUGAAAGAGGAGAUCAAGGAUAUACUAUCUAGCAAAAAAGAGGGAGAAGACAUCGUCCCCAUCCAAGAAGGAAAUGCUGCUGUGGAGCAACCCGAAGAGGAGAAGGGAUUCCUGGAGAAGGUGAUAGAGAAACUCCCAGGGCAGCACAAGAAUGGUGACGUAGAAACUCCUCCUGCUGCAACAGAGCAUGAGCCGGGAUGUGAGAAUAAUGAGAAGAAGGGCAUAAUAGACAAGGAGAAGUUACCAGGACACCAUAAGAAGAGUGAAAAUGAGGUCAAGAACUGAUCCAGGCAAUGUACCUGUUACUAGAAACCUCCAAUCCCAUUUGUUUUUCCUGUAUUUCCUCUUCUGGCUUGUUAGUUUCCAUUGUAAGUUGUUUUUCAGUUAUUUGUACUCUUCUUUUCUUCA